GAGAAAAGCAGCAUCGCAGUCAGACAAGCCAGCUGACAAAAAGGAAGAGGAAAGCCAAAAUGAUGAUGCUAGCACCUCUCCUUCACCCAGUACACGAGGUUCCACCCAGCAGCAGCAAAAUUCAUCAGACUCUGGGAAGAAGCCAUGGGAAAGGAGCAAUUCUGUUGAAAAGCCUGUAUCUUCAUUACUUUCUAGAAAUCCAUCAGUGGUGAAGAGCUGUGAAGCUAAGAGCCCCACACAAUCCCACGUGUCUUCUAGGAUGAAGCCAGUGAGCAGCAGCAAUGAUGUGGCUAUGGAUGCCUUAGAUUUUGAUCGAAUGAAACAGGAAAUAUUGGAGGAAGUUGUAAGAGAGUUACACAAAGUGAAAGAGGAGAUAAUUGAUGCCAUACGGCAGGAGUUGAGUAGAAUCAGUACAACAUAAUGAUUGCAAAGCAUUUGGACGGUACUAAGAAUGCUAGGAAGAUCGGAUCAUUUCUAAGUGUACCAAGGUCAUGCAAGAUGGUGAGAGAGGACACCGGCACUGUCUUUGUUCUUAUACCCUUUUUAUUAGCAGACUCAGCACACUUUGAAGCUUGCUGCUGCCUUGGAUUUGCUUCAUUUUAAAAGUCUUAAUCUAAAGAAUAUUAAAUUUUAAAUUUCUGGAUUUUUUAGAUUUCAUCUGACACUGCACAUUGGAUUUGUCAGCCUUUUUUGUAUUUUGUAUUUGCUUAUUUAAAUGUAUUACCUUUCUUUUUAGUAGUAGAUAAGAACACACGUGAACCAUUUGCUUUUGAUAGAUGACUUCAAAGUAAUUUUACUAGUAGUCUGCAAUGUAAAUGAAGAUCCUUUGCCAACAGAAAUGUAUUGAGGCAUCACGAGAAGAAACAGAGACAUGUUAGUUGUCAGCCAACAAGUUCUUUGUCUCAGAGUUAUCACAAUAUAAAAAAAUGGUACGUCAGUGCAUCACAGUAUCUGUGUUCAUAUUGGUAAUAAACUGUUUAUUGUCCACAUG